AUGGCCAAAAGAAAACGAGAAAACGGCACCAGUGCCGCCAGCACUUCCAACGGAACAAUCAACUCUACAAGUGACACGGACACUGCGACCAAGGUCAACAAAACCAACGGUCAUGUGGAUGUCAAGACCACUUCAUCCGUCAUCCAAAUUGUUGUCGGCUCGUAUGAGCGGGUUCUGCAUGGUAUUACCGCAUCGAUCUCGCACCUGUCGUCACCAGAGGUUCCCCCGUCCGUGCAGUUUGCGGACACCUUCCUAUUCAAUGCACAUGCAUCCGCGAUCAAAUGUAUCGCACUAUCACCCUUGCCGGAACCCGAUUCUUCUGAAAGCCAGGGCGUAUAUCUGGCUACCGGCGGCUCAGAUGAAAAGGUCAAUGUCUUCAGCCUUUCAGCCUCGCCAGUCGCCGACACGGAGAGACUGCCGCCCAUGCCCUCUCUGGGUAAGAACGCGAUCUCAGAAAACCCGAGGAAUAGAGAGCUCGGCACUCUCCUUCACCACUCCUCACACAUCACGGCCUUGCACUUUCCCACGCGAUCAAAACUGCUCUCCGGGUCAGAAGACAACACCAUCGCCAUUACCCGUCUGAGGGACUUAACGGUGGUAUCAACAAUCAAAGCACCACGACCCAAGGCCCAAGGCCAGCCCAGCGGAGACACCGCACCACCAGGCGCCACACCUGCGGGAAUCAAUGACUUCUCUGUACACUCCAGCAUGAAGCUCAUGUUGAGCGUCGGUCGAGGCGAGAGAUGUAUGAGGCUGUGGAACCUGGUGACUGGAAAGAAAGCCGGGGUUCUCAACUUCGGCCGCGAGAUCUUGCAGAGUGUGCGCGAAGGCAAGUAUAGCAGUGGCGAGGGCAGACGAAUCCGGUGGAAUCCCAACGGCAGUGAAUUUGCCGUUGCGUUCGAGCGUGGAGUGGUUGUGUUCGGGGAAGACUCGAAACCCAAAUGCAGGGCUCUACCAGAACCCCUUACCAAGCUACAUCAGAUUUGCUAUCAUACUAUCCUUUCGGACUCAGGCGAGGAGGCGCCCAUUACACUUCUUGCUCUCUCGACAGAAGAUGGUCGGAUACUCGUUUAUGACACAGACGCAAUCUCAUCGCAUUCGUCCAAUGGGACAAACAACAAUGACACGACCACUACAGCAUCCAUUCCGGACGCCGCUCUUGUCGCAACAGUGGGCGGGAAAACUGCAGGGAUCACGACGCGUAUCAAGGACUUUGAGCUUCUCUUCCUGCCCCCUAAUGCCCACGGCCAAAAAGACAUUGCCGUCGUUACAGCGAGCAGUGAUGGGACGAUCCGUAUCAUACUCCUGUUAAUGUCUGAGGUUUUGGCCAUCUUGAAGAGCAAGAGACCGGUUCAGACCGGAACAAUUAUCGGGACGUACGAGACUGGCAACAGGAUCACCUGCCUGAAGGCCUUCGUCAUGUUGCCUCCUGCGGAGUUUGAUGAUGAGGAUGAACUCGGAGAGGACGAGGAAUUCCUAGGGUUCGAUGGGCAAGGAGAUAGCGAGCAGAGUGAUAGCAGUAGCGAAGAAGAUUGA